CUUCAGUCGGUGUAUCACCGCGAGACUCGCGAGACCUGUGAAGAACAAACGAAAUGGCAACGCUCCAAUGACCCGAAGCUGCGUCGUCGAUCGACGAUCACGCGAUCUAACCCUGAAAUCGUGGAUCACCUCGCAGAAGCGACGUAACGUUGUGUGGCCCGUGUUAAAUUUACGCGGUACGAGUGAAGGUGCUUAAUUUUUCUGACGCGCUGGCUUUUACGUGCUGGUCAAGUUCACACGCGACCCUUCGGAAGUCGCUUCUUCGUUCCACCGAUCACAGCCUGAGGUCGGUGCUGGUAUCGAACUCGCGGUGGUCGUCGUUGCUGGCGCCGAAGGUCCGUCUCAAAGAGAAAACGUCGUCGUGUCCUCGAUACGUACCGCACUAGUGGUUUAGUCGUGCAGACGUACCGAAGGCGGUUGAGGCCGAGUAAAAUUUCCUCGCCUACCUACUCGGUGUGUUAGUGAGUGAGUAAAUUACACUACGGUGGUUCGGAGACCCGAACGGCUGUAUCGGCCUGUCAGCGUUUCUCUGUGCAUCGAAUGACGGAAACCAGUUUUUCCUCACCGAGACGAUGACGCGAAGAUACUUGUUGUUUACCGCCGAAAGCUUUAGGCCUGCAUCUUGCGGCUCUUGGGAUGUUUUUUUUUCUAAAACCACUAUCUACCGGCUGACAAUCCGUUUUCAUUGUUAAUAACGUCGCGACUUUGAAACGGGAGUUUUCUCUUUUUUUUUCAUUUUUUUUUUUCUUAACCACGCAGAUCACUCGUAGAUCCUCUCGUCGCAGGAUGGAAGCAUAUCGCGUCUGGUCUGAAGACCUUAGAGUCAGAAUAAAGAAACUAUUAACGACGAUUAGAGCCGGUCGUUUAAUCUCAAAGGCAAACGCGUCUUGCUUGAAAAUCACCUUUGGACACACUUUGCAUUCCCAUUGAGUCCAACCUUCGGGUGUUGAAAAUUGACGAGCAGCGAAUUGUUGUCGCAUCUUUCGUCCGCGACAUUCGAAAUGAACAUCGACUGCACCAGCGCUAUUGUAACCGCAGUUUGGAACGUCGUCAAUGUCAGCAGUUCGGAUCAGCUCUAAACUCUAAAGUGAAUCGCAACUCGCCUUCGGCAACCUCGAGUUAGCACCUAUUUCGGAUUACCGUUUGUACCUACCCGUGAAGUUUUCCCACAAACUCGUGCGGAUGAGCUCUCUGCUUGCCUCCUCGUUGAAGGGGGCUCUUCGUGGUGGACGCGAUCGACGCUCAGACGAACGCGAAAUGAAGCUGUUCGGAUGUCGAUGGUCCUUCUGGAACUUCGCUGCUAGUCUUACAGGGACCACAUCGACGCCAAUAAUGCCGAAUGGUGCACCAGGGACGCCAUCGUCGAAAGCGAAGGAGAAACUCAUGAUGCGGACGAAGGUUGUAGUCGCGUUGUACCCUUUCCGAGCCAUCGAGGGAGGCGACCUGUCCCUCGAGAAGGGGGCGGAAUACGAAGUGUUGGAUGAUUCUCAGGAGCACUGGUGGAAAGUCAAAGACGAGCAUGGAUCAGUCGGCUACAUACCCAGCAACUACGUGAAGGAAAAAGAACUUCUGGGUCUUCAAAAAUACGAGUGGUACGUGGGCGACAUGUCUCGUCAACGCGCCGAAUCUUUGCUAAAACAAGAAGACAAGGAAGGGUGUUUCGUUGUGCGCAAUUCCUCUACGAGGGGUCUAUACACGUUAUCUUUAUACACAAAAGUCGGGCACGCCCACGUCAAGCAUUAUCACAUCAAGCAGAAUCCACGAGGAGACUUUUACCUCUCCGAGAAACAUUGCUGCAACUCAAUUCCCGACCUCGUCAAUUACCACAGACAUAAUAGCGGCGGACUCGCCAGUAGACUGAAAACAAGUCCCUGUGAUCGUCCCGUUCCACCUACAGCUGGUCUCAGCCACGACAAAUGGGAAAUAGAUCACACGGAACUGCAUUUAUUCGAUGAAUUGGGCCAGGGACAAUUCGGCGUUGUCAGAAGAGGUAAAUGGCGCGGUUCCAUCGACGUGGCUGUAAAAAUGAUGAAGGAGGGUACCAUGUCCGAGGACGAUUUUAUAGAGGAAGCUAAAGUCAUGACUAAACUGCAACAUCAGAACUUGGUACAGUUAUACGGUGUCUGCAGUAAACAUCGACCGAUAUACAUAGUGACUGAAUACAUGCGGCAUGGAUCACUUCUCAACUACCUCCGCGGACAUGAAACAACCUUGGGUUCCAACGUUGGCUUGUUACUAGACAUGUGCAUACAGGUCUGCAAAGGGAUGGCAUAUCUAGAAAGGCAUAAUUACAUCCAUAGGGAUCUCGCCGCUCGUAAUUGUCUUGUGGGAUCUGAACAUGUUGUCAAAGUUGCUGACUUUGGCUUAGCUAGGUACGUGCUGGAUGAUCAAUACACCAGCAGCGGCGGUACAAAAUUCCCGAUAAAAUGGGCACCGCCUGAAGUUUUGAAUUAUACCCGUUUCAGCUCAAAGUCUGACGUAUGGGCGUACGGAGUAUUAAUGUGGGAAGUUUUUACUUGCGGCAAAAUGCCCUAUGGUCGUCUAAAGAAUACCGAAGUUGUUGAACGUGUUCAACGCGGGAUGGUCCUAGAAAAGCCCAAGGCCUGCUUCAAGGAAGUUUACGAUGUGAUGAGGAGCUGCUGGUCCCAAUGUCCGGAAACGCGACCUUCGUUCCGCGUCUUGAAGGAACAGCUGAUCAACGUAUCUCAGCGCUUGCUCAAUGAUUGACUCAACCUUUUGCGGUGUAUGCGCCUGUCCUCGCCAUCAAAACAGUCUAUCCUGACCCCUAAAUCUCCAUCGCUAGGUCGGUCCCCAUCCAUAUUGCCUUCGUCAAACACUUCAUACAAUUCCGCAACGCUGCCCGCCUCACACAAGAUACGGGGACCAGCAUCGUUACCUUCUUCAGCUGGUUCCGUAGUUCCUCUAUCAUCGUCAUCCCCUAAACUUAAAAGAGGUGGCUCGUCAUCACCAAGCACACCUGGUCACCUGGCUAGUCAGCCAUCAUCUAGCUCAUCCGACGUAUGCGACAUAUGCAGCUCCUACGGUCAUCCGUGGAUCGAAAUAUGCAAAGCUAUACGUGCCACUAAGGGUAAAUGAGUAAUACUAUUGUCUUAACCUAUUAUCCUAAUGCAUACUCUCUGGGAAAGAAUUAUAACGUUAAAUUUAAGGUGGAGCGAAAUAUUCAAAAAAAUAUUUCUGGCCAAGAAAAAUUUGAAAUUUUACAAUGGUCAAUAAUUUAUUGUUUUUGGUUUUUUUUUUUUUUCUUUGCUUUGUUUUUCCUAAAGAAUCUCCUAUUCCACCCUAUUCCAAAGUCUUCCCAUAAAGUGUCUGUACAGGUAACUAACCUAUGAGGACGAACACCGCUGAAUCUUAACAACUUAAUCUUCUUUUAAUUCUCGAAAUAAUAUAUAAAUUAAGAUCGAACAAAUGGAAUUGGUUAUUUUCAAUUCUCAAACAUUCGAGUUUAUUCAAAUAUGCUCGUGGUAUUGAAACAUGCAGUUUUUAUAUAAAAAUAUUAAUUCUAACUACAAAAAUUAGAUUGCAGACUCGACGUUCAUAGACGAGUAGCUUUUUACCGAAGUAAUGUAAGCAUAUACGCCAGUUUGUGGAAACGGGUUAAAUGACUGAUACUUGACCCCCGAGAGUAGCAGCUUGAUAAUAAUAACCUAAUAAUUAUUACUGUUCCUCGUGAUACGAUGGAGUGCAUAUAUGAUUAUUAAUAAUAAUAACAAUAAUAACAACAACAGCAACAACAACAACAAUAAUAAUAGUGAUGAUGAUGAUGAUGAUGAUGAUGAUAUGCAUUAGUAAUACCUUUUUGGAUAAAAUGUGCAAUAAUAGGUUAAACAAUAAGUUUAGAUAUUGGCCUUACUAAGCAACAGCUCCAGGUGCACGACCUAAACAUAAAUCUAGCCUGUAAGCAUCCACAUGAAACGUUGCACACGUACACAUAUACAUAAUACCAUACCAAACAUUAACAUACAUGCCUAUAUAUACAUUAUACAUGGAUAUAAUAAUAAUAAUUUGAAAAAAUUCAAUGAGUUCAUAACAUGGGCCCUGUGAAGACAAUAUACGCAAGUCCUUACAGCAUCAGCUAGUCGUUACUAAUAAUAGGAGCGUACAAUGUAACGCUCUGUCUGCUCCAUCGUUCCCCUUGCAUAUCUCUCGCGAAUCGUGAGUCAGAAUUUGCUCGUAUAUGUAAUUGUGUGUGAAUCAUAAUUCCUAAUUAUUGUUGUCAAGUUAUGUGUAUGAAUAAUAAAUAAUAAUCCGUUUAUAGGUAUGAAACCAUGCAGUAACUGCGUAACUGUAUGAUCUGAAGCGUACAUUUCUAACAACAAUAGGUGAAAGAAAAAAAAACUUAGCUUGUCGAAAAGUUGAGGGAAUAGUUAUUUUGCAUAUAAAACCUGUGAAUGAAACUCUUAGUCAAUUUCGUUCAACCAAAUGGGGGUUGUCUUUUGCCUGAAAGUUAAUCUCAUAUGUAACGAUAUGCUUUUAUUAUUAUACUUGAAAACUAAAAAUCUGUCCUUGCUGCCUACUUAUGUAAUUGGAAUGAUUUUUCAUUCUUUUUAAAUUCUCACUGGUCACUCUCCUCUUGUUUUAGAAAUGAUCGAAUUUUGAUUUAACGUAAACCAUGCUCUGUACUGUGUCUUCGCGAUAGUAAAAUUUCUGGCCAAGUAACAGGCUCAACCGUUUCAAUGUCCAUUUAUGAUGCGUUGAAUGCAAAUCCACAAAGAUCCUGUUUUUACGCAACAUUGGAGUUGAUGAGCUCUUCUUUUGAGAUCAGUUGAGGUAUAUUUAAUUUUAACAUCUGAUAUUUUUACAAAACUCGAGAAAAAAACUGUUUUUAUGCGGUUUGUUUUAUUGAGAAAUGAAAUAUUGAAAGCACUAUGAAAAAUGCAGGUCUGCUAUUGGUUAGAUGAAAUUGUAGUGGUUUGUACGUGUAACUGCACUGAUAAGUUCGUGGACUGGAUACACAUCUCGGUUAAAUGAAAAUUCAUUCGUGUGUUACCAUGAUAACAUGUAAAAAAGUUGGGAACAAUCGUCCUAUGUAAGUUAUUCGGUGUAUUAAGACCAACAUUAUUGAAAGAUGAAUAUUGAAAAAAAAAAAAAAAAAAAACAGUUGACAACUAGCUCGAUCUGUCGGUACAGAACAUUAUGAAAAAUAUAUUU